AUGGCCUCAUCGCCGCCGGCGUCGCCUCUACAUCAACGAGAGCGACCUCUCAGCGCCAUCGUGAGACCAGGCCCAAGGAGUGCCAGCAGGUUGAGCAUGAGCAGCAAAGCUGGUGUUGGUAGCAGGGCCUCGGACGACGAGAGCCGGACAGCUGUCAAAGUUGGCUAUGAUCUCAUCCCACAACGCUUUCAACGCUCCAUGGUCCAAACGACAUCCAACACCAGCUUGGCCAUCGACUCCCCGCAAGGCAGGAAGAUAUUCGUCUUUGAUCGCGUCUUUAGCCCCGAGGUUAUGCAAGGUGGAAUUUGGGAGUACUUGGCCGACUCAAUCAACGCCUUUACACAGGGCUACAAUGUCUCGCUUCUGGCAUAUGGACAGUCUGGAGCUGGAAAGUCAUAUACCAUGGGCACCUCUAGCCCAGGUGAACAGGAAGAUGAAUCAAUGACUGGUGUCAUCCCCCGAGCAGCCACUGCUCUGUUCCAGAAACUUGAUUUAUCCAACGCCGGGGGCAGCAGCUCAUCGUCCAACAGACAGUCCAUGUCGAGUCUUCGGACUCCCCGCUCCUACAACCACCAAAACCUUCUUGGCGACCGCAAUUGGUCGUUGAAAGCGACGUAUGUGGAAAUUUACAACGAGCAGCUGCGCGAUUUGCUUGUGCCCGAGUCGACUCCUGCCAGUGAGCGAACCAAUAUCGCCAUCCGAGAAGACACAAAAGGAAAUAUCAUUCUCACCGGCCUGCGACAAGUCGAUAUUGGUUCCGUUGACGAUCUCAUGAACGCCCUCAAUUUCGGUUCCAGCAUUCGCCAAACCGACGCCACCGCAAUCAAUGCAAAGUCUUCUCGCUCUCACGCCGUCUUCUCAUUGAACUUGGUGCAGCGCAAGAGUAAGCUCCAGACAACUGGUGCAGAGAAGCGACUCUCCAUGCCUCUGGAGGCCAUGACUGGCCAGGACCUUGCAAUUACGACGGACAGCAAAUUACACUUUGUCGAUCUUGCCGGAAGCGAGCGACUUAAAAAUACUGGUGCACAAGGAGAACGAGCCAAGGAGGGCAUCUCCAUCAAUGCUGGUUUGGCAUCUCUAGGCAAAGUCAUUAGCCAAUUGUCCUCCCGUCAAUCUGGCUCUCAUGUAUCGUACCGCGACUCUAAACUAACCCGCCUGCUGCAAGACUCAUUAGGUGGCAACGCCAUCACCUAUAUGAUUGCAUGUGUCACUCCUGCUGAAUUCCACCUAAGCGAGACUUUGAACACGGUUCAAUAUGCGCAGCGUGCCAGAGCGAUCCAGUCCAAACCGCGAAUCCAGCAGGUUGACGAUGGAGAUAGCAAGGCCUUGAUUGAGCGACUUCGAGCAGAAGUGUCCUUUCUGCGAGAUCAGAUUCGAAGCUCCCAUGGCAGCGACCAUAAUCCACGGCGAGGCAAUGCUGCACCGAAUGAGCGGUCUGACAGAUCAAACGAGCGGGAAUCGGAACUCCAAAAUCAACUGCUAGAUGCCCAAGAAAAUUACAGCGCGCUGAGCCAGCGACAUGCCAAACUGAUCGCCGAACUUGCGAGGGCGCGAGAACACGAAUCAGAGCAGGCCGGCCAGCAUGACUCAACCUCGGCCGACGAUCGACUCAACCGAUCCAACUCAUUCGCACAGGCGGUCGAACAGGUUGUCCUCGAGUACGAGAAGACUAUUCAGAGUUUGGAACAGUCUUUAUCGAGCACCCGGUCUACACUCUCCAACACCGAGACAUCGCUACUCGAGAAGGAAACAAAAUGUGCAUAUGUGGACACCAUUAACAGCCAGCUACAAGCUCGUCUUCAGAAACUUAUGGAUAGGGAGGCUAGUACCGAAAACUACCUCCACGACCUAGAAGCCAAGCUGGAUGGCCACACGAGCGGUGAAGAAAAGAAUGCUACGAUUAUAUUGGAACUUCGCAAAGAAAUUGCGCGAGUCAGAGAGAACGAGGCCGCCUGCGAAGAUUACAUUUCUACGCUUGAGGAGCGCUUGGCCGAAGCAGACCAGGAUACUGAACUAAUGCAGCGUGAGAUCGAUCGUUUGGAGUCGGUGGUGGAGCGUCAGCGCAGCCUAGGAAAGUUGGAUGCUCUUCUCUAUGAGCUCGAUCACGUUGAUUCGGGCAAAGCUGACGAACCAGAGACGACGACGAUGAAUGGAGCGUUUCAUGGUCGCCGAUUUACGGACCAUUCUCGAAGCCAGUCGCACGUCAGCCGCAAGAGUCAACUUGAUGGGCCGAUUCCCGAAGAAAAUGAUGAGCAUGCACAGGAUAUAAAUACCGAGAAUCAUGUCCACAAUGCUGAGGUGGAUGAAGAGACUGCCCCGGAUCCCGAUCAAGAGAGUGCGGUGCCGCACGGCGUUGAAGUGGAGGCCCUGACAAACGGAAACACAGCUCGAAGCGCCAAGCAGAGCAAGUAUGUCGCUGACAAGCUGGAGAAUGUCACACAAGAACUUCUCGAUCUCCGUGUUGAGCACGAGGCCACUAUCCAGGACUAUGAUCAACUUCAGGCUAAAUACGAAGAAGCUCUUCGAUCGUUGUCUGAAUUGCAAGAUGCCGUUGAUGAGGCACGUCACCCUGAGCGAUCAAGACCCCGCGAUUCCACAGUCUUUGAAUCGCCCUUACCGAAAGCACGUCCAGCUUCAUUUGCAUCUGACGGCAAAUCGGUCGACUUGAAAGAUGAACCUCGGUCGUCCAUGUCGAGAUCCUUGUCGUCUGAGUUAUCUUCCGCGAUGGAGUCACCGGCUACUAUGGAUAGUUCGGCUAUUGAUUUGGGCUCAGAAGCUGACACUGCCACCACCAAGCCCGCUGUUUCAAGCGAGGAUUUGGGCCAUCGAGAAGAAAAUGAACAGCUAACCGCAGAGAUCGAGAGAUUGCGCAAGCUGGCGGACGAAAAAGAAGUCGCUGAGAAGACUCUUGCUGAGAAAUAUGCCGAACUCGAAUCUACUCACAACGAGACGCUGGAUAUGGUGGAAGAACUGAAGACCGAGGUGUCAAAGGCGCGUGCCGUCGAGGCAACGUCACCAAGAACUAGCACCCCCGUCAUUCGUCGCAAAUCCAGCCAGAACCUCUUGGUUAUUGACCGUGCUCAUCGCUCCUUUGCUUCCCUCCGCAACAUUGCUUCUGAGAACUUUGAGAACCAACCCGAAGUUAUGCAGAGCUUUGAGCUCAAUUUGAAUUCUGCCAUGCACGAACUCCACUCCCGAAGUGAACGCAUCCAAGAGCUGGAGGCGGACAUCACGUCGGUCAAGAAGGAGAUGGAGACUAAGAUGACCAUCAUCUCGGGAUUGACACGCGAAAGAUCUAGCUUGAAGGCCAGCCCGAUGGAUAUGUCCAUGGUUGCAAACUUGCGCGAUCAGCUCGAAAGAAACGAAAAACAGAUGUCUGGGAUGCGGGAGGCGCAUGAGUCGCGAGAGAAGGAGUUGACAUCGCAGCUUGAUGAAUUGCGUGAGUCUUUGCGGAAUGCUGCGGCCCCCCCGACGACUGGCGGGAGUGUCAACUCAACCAUUGUCGACGACUCUGCCAAGGAAAGAGAGCAACGAAUCUCGGAUCUCCAAGCAGAAUUGUCUGGAUGGGAGGAGACGCACAGACUAGUCGUUGACGCCGCGGAAAAGACGGAGGCUGACCUACGCGCCAAUAUCGCGAAACUGGAAGCACAAAUUGCCUCAUCGAAUAAUGAGGUUAAGAACCCCAUCGUUCAGGAUAGAUCUGCGGAUCAGGACUCGGUCAAGGACAUGGAACAAAAGCAUAAAAAACUAGUAGACUUCUUGCGCGCUGAGAUUGACGAGUACAAGGCCAUCAUCAAUAUUAAUUCUGCCAAGAUUGCUGAGCUGGCAAAUGAGCAUGCCGAUGCCAAGUCGGAGCUGGAGAAACUCAACAAAUCUCAUGAGUCUGCCAUCAAGGAGCUUGAACAGCACCGAGAGCUCGUUGCAUCCCUCGAGACCCAGGUCGCCAGUCACUCUGAGACAGCCAAGUCCCAUCAAGAAGCCCUAGACCUUCUCAAAGAUAGACAUGCGAGAGAGAUGUUGGAGCUCAAGUCACAUGAGCAGAAGAGCUACGAGGAACAGGCCGAGGUUCUUAUGCAAGAGCAUACUGAUGCCAUGCAUAAGCUUGAAGGUGAAUUAUCGCGGGCUAGAGAUGAGCUUAGCAAGAUCGCUACCCAGGUCGCGACUGGCAUGGGUGUUGACGUUGACAUUGAGCUGCUCUCGGAAAGAAUCGAUCAGCUUUUGGUCUCUCAAAAGACGCUGGCCGAAGAACAACAAAAGGCCGAGGAAAUGAAGAAUCACGUUGCUGAACUCACUUCUAUCAAAGAGAAUGCCCUUGGUGAUAUCGAGGCUGCGAAAUCUUCCUUGACGGAGAUGCUCUCGGACAGUGCUGAUACUGUCCCCACGUCCGUAGUUGAGCAGCUUAGCGCUGUGAAGACGAAGCUUGUGGACCUGGAAGGCCGCAAUAAGAAGAACAGUCGCUUGGUUGAAGAGCUCGAGGAACAACUCCAGAACAACUUUGACGAAGCACAAAUGACCAACAAUCGUCUAAGCACUUUGCAGACGGAGCGCAAUGCGCAGCUCGAGGAGGCUACCGCGGCUCGAGCCAAACUUCAGAGCGAUUUGGAUAACAUCCGGGAAGAGUACGCAGCAUUGCAAGCCAAAUACCAAGAACUCUGCAGUACGGGUGAAAUCAAACGAUCCAAUUCCAACUCGACGAUCCGCAAGAGCGCCUCACACAAUUCGCUGCCAUCUCCACCGCCGGCCAUUCCUCUACCACCACUGCCCAAUGUUGCUGCCAGAAGCGGCUCCCCAACCAACGGCGUGCCCAAUUCCCCGACAUCUGGACGCCCUGUUAGCAAGGACAAUGUCAACAUUUCACAACUCACCGAAGACCAAGAAGCCCGAAUUAGAACCAUUGAGAAGCACCUUUACGCUGAGCGACAACUGACACAGACACUCGAGGAGGCACUCACCGACCUCGAGAAGCAGUCGAAGAAGGUCAAGGGUGACUGCGAUGCGUGGAAGAAGCGCUCGCAAGAGCUGGAAGCCGAACUCAAGGAAUUGAAAGAACGUCAGACCGAGCCACAAGCAGAUAAUCGCUGGAGUAUGCAGGCUGUUGAAGAGGAGCGAAAGAAGCGACAGGCCGCCGAGUUGGCUAGAAAGCAGCUUGAAGAAAGGAUGAAUGCCAUUAAUAAGGGUAAGAAGAAGAAGGGUAGUCUGAACUGCUUCUAG